CGCCGGGUUUUACGCGCUGAAUUUGAAUAUGUUGCAUCCUCACUUUUGUUCGCAUUGCAUGCCAGACAUUCUUUUGCGUAUUUUCUGAGUUUUCUCGCUAAGAAAAACGCGCGGGUUGCUGAUUUCAAUCCAGCUUCGGCCAGAGAUAACGUAUCCCUUUUAGCCUGUGCUGAUGUCAAUGACAUUUCUGGCAGCCUGGAGCUUACGGGCCCGGGAGCCAUGAACCAGCAGUCCAACUGGUAUCGACUAAGGCCUCGCUGUUUGCGGGAUGUAUCUAAGCGGGACCUCAGCACCACUAUAUUGGGCCAUCGUCUAGACUUUCCGAUCGGUGUCUCUCCGACAGCCUAUCAGGGCAUGGUGCAUCCCGAGGGAGAAAUUGCUAUGGCUAAAGGCGUGGCUAGUGUUGGGUCAGCAAUGGCUCUGAGCAUAUUUUCAAGCAAAGACUUGGAAGACGUAGCCGCCCCCCUUUCGUCCGAAACACCGCUGUUCCAACAGCUGAACGUGUUUUGCGACCGUCAAACCUUGGAGCGAACGGUCGAGCACACCGAGCACAUAAUAAAACGAGCCGAGAAGGCAGGCUUGAAGGGCAUUGUGCUGACGGUCGAUCAGGCAGUUUUCGGCAGGCAGCUAGCUGAACCAGUUGUCGCGCCCCCUUAUUUAAAAUAUCCGCUUAUCUCUCUUCCCAACGAUCCUCAUUUUGGUUUUGCAAGAUUGAACUUUGACCCUUCAAUGACCUGGGAUGACAUAGCAUGGCUACGGAGUAAGACCUCUCUUCCAAUCAUUCUUAAGGGCGUUCUAACCGCUGAAGACGCGAAGGAAGCAGUCAGGCGCGGUGUGUCCGCUAUCUGGGUUUCAAAUCACGGUGGCCGACAACUGGACGGUGUAUCAGCUUCGAUAGACGCACUGCCCGAGGUGGUCGACGCCGUGCGUGGCUCUGAUAUCGAGGUGUAUCUUGACGGAGGAAUUCGUCAGGGCACCGAUGUCCUCAAGGCUCUUGCUCUCGGCGCACGGGCCGUGUUCAUCGGCCGACCGGCACUCUGGGGCCUCGCAUACGAUGGCGCAGCAGGAGUAAAGCAGGUCUUGGAAAUCCUGCGAGACGAGUUGAGCAGAGCUAUGGCGUUGAGUGGUUGUUCAUCAGUAGCUGACAUAACGCCAGAUCUGGUGAAAAUGCCGUCACACGGCGUGUAGUGGAAGGGCUUAGAGUAGCGUCCAUGACAGGUUGACUUAAAAUGUCAGCCUUCAUACCGUCUUUGCUCGAAUUCUGAGGGAGAUAUCGUCUACUAAAUUUAGGAAAUUGGAUUUUCGUUCAAAGCAUGUGUUAAGGGGACACCACCAGAACGAACUGACUCUUGCGUUUUCAGUCAGGGUUCAAAGUGCCAGGAAAAACCUCAAAGCCACCACUGGACGGACUGUUGCAGGCAUCACUUGCGACAGCGUAGUAACCAAACAAGAGUUUGUGGGGGUCGGUUUCGGCCAAUGUCAUCGACGCACUCGCUUGAAAUGAGCCACUUCUGGGAACCACGGAUGACAAGAUGUGAUACACUGGUAGGGGAGUGAAUGACCAACAACGGCGAGGAGGGGGAUUCGAAAAUUUCUAGGGUCGGGGGACCAGUGCAGAACACCUUUUAUCACCGUUUUGCAACUUCAUAUUAGUUUUGUGUCUCCGUGUUUUUGGCAUGGUGGUCGCGUUCCAGCUCCCACCGCUUCAUUGCAAUCAUAUUUUUGACUGCUGAUUUUAACAAGACUGAAUUUGUGGUAGUUUAUGCUAUAAUCAGGACUAAAAGUAGGAAUAAUUAAUCUUCUUCUUGGUUGAUUUUGGAAAAGAUUAAAAAUGGUAAUCAUUUUUAUAUCAUAAAGAUAUUAUAAGCUCUGAAAUGUGUACUCUAACUUGGCAGAUAAACAGUAAUAUGAGACACGAGUAUAACGUGCGUGUUUUCUAUCAUUAUGGACCACAGGCAACCAGUUGUCUAACCAGUUACUUUCAGAAGUUUCGUGGCACAAAGCCAGGCCCGUUUGGAAAGAUUGCAGAUAUGUGAGGGUCAAUCUGUCGAAGUUCAAGCCAGUCUUGGCGUGGCAAACGUGUACAAGAAGUUGGGGCCCAGGCCUGAUGCCGUUGUAUCCGUGAUAUGAACUGCACAGCCACGGGCGCGUAAAUCGGAGGUAGGCCUACAUUAUGAACGCGCGGUCAGACGCCAUGGACUGCCAGACUAAAUUUGUAGUUGAGUGGUUCUGCUUGGGUGUUUGAAAACACGAAGGUUGUUUGAAGAAAAACAUGUCCUACAAUGCAAAGAAUUUAUUCUGGCACGGAAGACUAUUGAGGCUAAUAUUCAUUGGUUAAUGUGUUCACAUGUAACUGUAUUUCGUGGUCAUGGCCGUCCACAAUACAUGACAUGUCAGUUCAGUUGGUGGAUUAAAAUACUGCAGGUAGUUCCAUCACUCAAAUCAGUCAUCCAAUCCGCCUCCCGACAUGGGGGGGGGGAGUGGCGCUUGCGCUGCGAGCAAUCUGGCCAGAGAGGGCGCGCUUCACCAAAGCAGUUUGCAACAGGCACAUUGCCUGCAUCUAUCAAAAUGAAAGAAGCCAUGCAUUCAAACACACUUUCUCGGGUUAAAAGAUUCAUUAAAUCAACUUCCUUUCCAACAGGAUUAAAUAUACCGUCCCUAAAAACUGUUCAUUUAACAUUCCUUGUAACUCUGGAAGGUUGUAAUGAGAAAAGGUUAUUUAGAUAUUUGAUGUGAUCAAUUUUCAUACGUGACUGACCCAAAGAAGAGAACUCCGCAUCGCUACUACAAAUCCUACGCAGUCGAAGAAGCUGAGAGUAAGGGAUGGAGUUCUUACACUUGAGGGGGGGGGACGAUUGGUACUGCAGGUAGCUGUGGGAAUCUGUGGGUUUGUUAUGACAGUUGUGCCAAGUUUUCGCGCACAGAUCUGGACGCGCACGUCGAGGAAGGUAAGAGAGGGUGCGUUCGAUUAGCUUACACGUGUAAGUCAAACUUACACGAGAGCGUUCGU